UUGUAUUAUGCCAAAGGGCUUCGUUCAAAUUCCCACCCGGACAAAGAUUAUUUUAGAUUCUCAGAGGUCAAAAGGCUCUAUUGACUCACGAGGUACCAAUAAUCCAUACAUACAUCCAUGGAUAUCCCAAGUUCCUGUGCACCAGUACAAGCACAGCUUCCACGCGUGACGAUAAAAUAUUGCACGCAAUGUCGAUGGAUGCUGAGGGCUGCCUAUUUUGCGCAAGAGCUUCUAUCCACCUUCUCUACCUCCCUAGGCGAAGUAGCUCUCAUCCCUAGCACCGGUGGAAUCUUCACAGUCACCCUUUUCCACACAUCAAAUGCAGGUUCCACAAUUGUGGAAACGGUCCUCUGGGACCGUAAAACCCUGGGUGGCUUUCCAGAAACAAAACAACUCAAGUCCCUAGUUCGAAACAUCAUCGACCCGUCUCGAAACCUGGGCCACAUCGAUCGUGCUCUAGCCAAGGCGCAGAACCAGCAAGACGAAGAGAACACAGAAGGACGUGGCUCCGGUUCCUCGUCAACAGCGAGAGCAACGGCUGUGGCUGCGGCAACGGCCAGAUCAGGCCCUGAUCCUCCAGAGGCAUCCCCAGAGAAAGAAGCAUGUGAGGAUUGCCAGUGAAUGUACGCAGUAAGGGGCGGCUUUCUCUCGACGAAACUUUGAAGUACAUUCCCUCUAAACACCUAACCUGCAUUCGACGGCGUCGAAACCUCGUCAAAAAUAAAUUUGUACGGGGGAUAUGGAUAUCCUCGUUUCAUGUAUGUGACUGCUUCUGUACCUAUGUGUACCUGAAAGCUUGAGUUCAUAGGGAUAAAAAGGCAAAUCCUGGCGUUAUCGCGGUUACUCCAUACUAUCUAUCUCCAUCUCUUGACCACGAAGUGGUUCGUACAACCUUCCAAUGUACCUGUCUUGGUUUGAUGCCGACUAUUCUGCUCAGAUAAAUUCUCCAAUGCAUGUCAAGUGGGGAGAGGCAUUGUAUAUAGUCUUGUCAUCAAAGCCCAUCUAUAGAAAUACACAAGAACAAGAACAACAAUGACAUCUCUGUAUGUAUAUAUUGA